AUGGAUGAAAAUAAUACAAUAACAACAACGACAACAACAGUGACAACAACAGAUAAAGUAUUAUAUAGUGGUUUUCUUACUAAACAAGGUGGAACUGUUCAUAAUUAUACACUGUCGUAUUAUGUUACCAAUGUCAAUUGGGAGAAACAACGGCCACGUGGUGUCAUCUAUUUGAAUAAGGACAUAGAGAUUACAGAGAUCGACGUUAAGAAUAGAAAGUAUUGCUUUGCGAUCAACCCUCAUCUAGAUUUAAAGAGUUCUACCGGUAGCAGUGGAUCGUCAUCACCACUCUCCACUUCGCCACCGCAAUCGACUAACUCUGCUGGAUUGGCACAGCUGAUGUCGACCAGUCCCGUUCGAAGAUACGACUAUGCCGACGACGACGUCGGUCAUUACGGCUGUCUGCCAACUUCAUCGGCACUGCCAUCGCCACCACAAAACAGAAUCUACUACAUUUCCGCACAAACCAUAUUCGAUCAGAAGAAAUGGAUCGAAAAGAUCAGAGAAACCAUUGCCAACCACUCAAAUUCCAACUCGAACAACACACAACCACAACCGAUCUACAGAAAACCAAUCUCUGAUCAAAUCAAUAAUUCUUUGAAAGAUAUGGCAACUGGUUGGAAAAGAAAGGAUUCAUUUACACAAUCACCAACUUUAUUAAAUAGGAGAUUCUCAAUGGAAUCAGUUAAUAAUAUGAUAAAAGUUUCACUUUCUAAACGUAAAUUCUUCUUUACUCAUGGCAAUUUAAAUGUUCCAGAGUUAUCUUUUGUAGAUUCUCCACCAAAUGCAGCCUUGAAUAUGAGAAAAGCGACAUCAUCUCCAUUCUAUUCACCGGUGACACAUUUAUCACCAACUUCUUCUUUAUCAUCGACAUCCUCUUCUUCGUCCUCCUCAAAUUCUACAUCCAAUUCCAAUUCACCAACUGCCAUCAGUCAACAUCAAUCACCUGAAUCACCACCUAUUUCACCUGUUUUAAUAAGUAAUAAUAAUAAUAAUAAUAAUAAAUUUAACAAUAACAGCAACAGUAAUAAUAAUAAUAAUAAUCCAAAACAACCAAAGAUAUUAGUACAUCAUUUAGCGAAAGAUUCUUUCCAAAUUUCAAAUUUAGGUGAAUGUCCUAUUGCUUUUGAAAUAUUGUCACCUUUCGAUAUUAGUUAUACACUCAAUUUCAUACCAUCGAAUGGAACCAUUGCAAUUGGAGAGGUUCUAACGAUUUCGGUAGAGUUGUUAGUGUACGAACCGGUACAGACCGACAUCUAUAGUACCGUUCAUGUUAAAGGUGGCGGUGAUUUCACGUUGUUCUGCAGGGUCGACUCUGAUCCUUAUCUUCCAUUGUUUUUACGCGCUUGCAAUGGCAUGGGUCUGAAUGACUCGGAGCAAGCGACAAUGUAUGAUCUGAUCCGUGAGAAGCCCGCCAUUAUGAAGCGACUCCAGGAGAUGGCACACACCAUGAUCUCCAGUGGGCAGAACCUCAAUCCAAAGAUCAAUAACGACUCGAUCCCGCGAUACAUACACUCUGGCGUCAAAGUGUCCAAGUACGCCUUGACAUUCGGACGUCAAGCCGACCAGUCCGCGAACAUCUACCAACUGCUGACCGAGAAGUUUCUCAUCUCAAAUUCCGGUCAGACCGACAUCCGUUUCCACUUUCACCAAUCGAAUUGCCGUCCCAACCAAUUCCAACUCUCACUGGUUCCCACGAAUGGAACACUUGCCAAAGGCGAAUGGUUCUACGUCAAGUGUUCACUCACCGUUUUCGAACAGGUUGAGAUUCAAGAGGUAAUUCAACUCAUUAUCAAUCAACGUGAAGUUCAUUUCAUAUUGGUGAGAAUCAAGUGUGAGAAUAUACAUCCUGGAAACAAAGAGAUCGAUUUGGAUGCAGAGUUGACUGUGCAAGAUAUGCUAGGAACUGGUGCUGCCGGUGAUGUCUACCGUGCACUCAUUUCCACUAACAACUUAAAGAGUCACUUGACACGUGUUAGCUAUGAAAAGGGUAAUUGGUUGCGUCGUAAUCCUUCGGAUUCCAACAUUAUGGUUGCAGUGAAGAAACUUCAUCAAUUCGUUGAGCCAUCGGCCGAGAUGAUCCAAGAUUUCUACAGUGAAAUCAAAGUUCUCAGUAUGUUGAAUCACCCCAACAUUGUCAAGUAUGUCGGUGGUUGUACAAAGAUUGGAAACUGGGCAAUCGUAAUGGAGUAUCUUCCAGGUGGAAAUCUAAUGGACGUGCUUGCCGAUCGCAUUGUCGACAUUCCCUACAAAUUGGUGUUGAGAAUGGCACUGGACAUUGCACAAGGACUACACUAUCUCCAUUCACUUGGCAUCUGGCAUCUCGACUUGAAGUCACCCAACCUUCUAGUGGCUUCGCUCUCACUGAAAGCCAGCGUACACAUCAAAGUAGCGGAUUUCAACACUUGUAUCAACAGGUCGCGUCUCACUGGAAUCUUUGGUCCCGCUGGCGGAUCCGAUGUGAAAGACGCCAAGAAGGGAACGACACUCUGGAUGGCACCUGAAGUAAUCAACGGCUCCGUUUACUCUGAGAAAUGCGACGUCUACUCCUACGGAAUCAUUCUAUGGGAGAUGAUCACGCGAAAACUGCCAUACGACGACAUCACCUUCAACUGUGAGAUCGAACGACAGGUUCUCAAUGGCCGACGUCCAGAGGUACCGUUGGAGUGUCCCGACGAGUAUUCCACACUGAUGCGCCAGUGCUGGGAUGAAUCGGCAGAGAAGCGUCCACAGUUCGACCAGAUCAUACAUCAGUUGAAUCACAUGCUGAUGCAACACGAGCUCAACGAGCAGAAAGCCAAGGCAUCGGUUCGCGGACUCCGCAGAAACCACAGUGGCAGCAGUUUGUUUAUAUCGCCCGCUCUCGAUAUUGGCUCGCACGGCACACCCGACCUCUAUCUCGACCAGAUUCCAUCCAAGACGAAUCGCGCCGACGACAUUCGCAAGUCCAAGAUCAGAGUGCAUGCCAAACGUCAAAGCUCAGACUCCUCGUUCCUGGGUACCGACCAAUCACAUCUUUCCAACACAACUAGAGGUUCCAGUAUUUUACCAUUCAAAUUUUCACCACCAUCAACUCCUCAAACAUCAUUCCGUCAUCAUAAUAAUAAUAAUAAUAAUAAUAAUAAUAAUAAUAAUAAUAAUAAUAACAAUAAUAAUAAUAACGCAUCAUCAAAUAAUAAUAGUAAUAAUAAUAAUAAUAUAAUUUCAAUUCCAUUACCAAAUGAAACUAAUAAUUUAAAUAUACCUGCAUCGAUAACAACAAUGAAAGCAGGUACACGUAAAACCAUUCGAUUCAAUCCUUCAUUCUCGAGGGUCGACAUUCGUUAUCAAAUGAACAAUCAAAAACCAAAUUCACUUCCAAACGACCAAAAGUAA